AUGAUUGACAUGAAGAGGAUCAGAUGGUCAAGCAUCGUGUUGGUGCUCAUCUGGGCGUUUUCACCUUUAGGAGGCCAGGCCGCUCUUCGAGUUUUACUCAAGAAACCCGAAGCCGUCGUCUCUUUUGCCGAACUCCCAUAUUUGGAUGUCAACACUUCGUUCCCAGCGCAAUACAUUGGCAGCAACAUAGGAAAUGCGCAGCUCCCGAUCAAUUCUCUCGUCUACAGCGCUCUUGGGGCGUCUGGGGAGGUCAGACAGUCCAGCCAAGACACCUCUGGCAAUGUCAAGAUCCCCAUGAUUGAGCCCUUGCUUGGUCGUCAUAGCACGAAGGCAGACGAGUGGAUCACCUUGAACGAUGAAGACAGGGCCUCGAUAACCUGGUCGUCACUCAUCGGCAUUCCCUUCGGCAAUAUCUCGCGAACAGGCAGGACCAGCUUCAAGCUGGAAACUUCGUAUCUCGAGAUGGACUGUCCCAUCUCCGAAGAGACUGAACAUGCCAGUGAACUUGUGGUCGACGGAGGAUUGGACUGCACAAUACCCAUCAAUGGUAAAACAUUCAACUGCAGCACACUCACCUCCUGGGGAGGUCUGUCGACAACGCCGUACCCAGACGGUAGAACAAACGGCACUCGUCGACGCUGCAUUGAUCCCACCGCGUCGGCGCGCGACUUUCAUUACUUUGACUGGUCACCGGCAAAAGACGAGCCAACAUAUGCCAAGUGCAAGAUCAACUCUACGUACGUCGAGACUCAAAUCGCCUGCGACGGCUACGACUGCAUCCCCACGGCGAUACGAUCGUCGGUCUCGCCCAGGAACCCGAGCACCAACUUCACUUUCUUCGACAGCUGCCAAAGCGACAAUGAACUUGCCAGCUUGUACUUUCAGAACCUGUUCAGAAGCCUCACAGAUCCUACUAACCGGCAGAAGAGCCCGUCGAUUAUCCAGACGUACAUAGUUGAUCCGGAGAAGGGGCUCAAUGCAACGGCGGUCUUCGACUUCCCGCGGGCGAUCCAUGCCGGGAGAGAGAAUUUUGAGAUUCGAAUGGCGCAGCUCCUAAAUACCUACUGGCUAGCCACCAUAGGAAACGAGCCUCUUGUCUUGGGGCAUCCGGAGAACUACGAUAUGCUAAGCUAUCGCAACACGGUGCAUGCGACCAACUUCACCUCGACAAACGCGACUAUUUUCACGCCGAUCACGGUUCUUAGAUAUGACACCACGUGGAUGGCUCUACUUCUGAUUCAUCCUAUCGGAAGGGAUAAUCUGGUUAAGUAG